UGCGUCUGAGAUGCUCUCCCUCGUGCCUGUACGAGGCACCAGUAUAAUGCUCCACUCCACUGUUCUUGGCUCAGUCAUCUGACACACACACAAAAAAAAAUCUGUGUACUACGUUGUAGGUAAGCAUGGCAACGCAUCCAAAAGAGCACCAGGAGAGGAUGGCUGCCGGGAAGGGCGACGAGUCCACCCCGACACACGGCGGCGUCGUCCUCCCGGCCAACUUCGCCGAGGUCGUGGCCUCCCUUCCCCAAGGGCCACAGUGCUCGAUGUUUCCUUCCCUCCGCCAGUACCGCGGGUUCUGGCUCCCGGAGAUCAGCCUGCUGAGCCUCCCCGAGGUCCACGCCCGCUUCUCGCUGAGCCCGACGGACGUCCUCGUCGCGAGCUUCCCCAAGUGCGGCACCACCUGGCUCAAGUCCCUGUGCUUCGCCACCGCGCGCCGGUCCUCGCACCCGCCGCUCGACGGCGGGCACCCGCUCCUCCGCCGCAACGCCCACGACUGCGUCAGGAACAUCGACACCCUCCGGUUCCUGCAAGGCGGCGACGAAGACGACGGCGAGGCGCCGCGCCUCCUCGGGACGCACCUGCCCUACUCCCUGCUCCCGGCGCGCGCCACGGCGGGUGACGGCUCCGGGUGCCGGAUCGUGUACGUCAUCCGGGACCCCAAGGACACGCUGGUCUCCCUCUGGCACUUCAACUCCGGCGUGGUGAUGACGACGGCAGGCGGCGGCGACGACGCCAAGCAGGGCGCGCCGCGGCCGGAGAAAGCCAAGUUCGAGGAGGCGUUCGAGCUCUUCUGCCAGGGCCGCUACGGGCUGGGCCCGCAGUGGGAGCACGCCCGCGAGUACUGGGAGGCGAGCAGGCGGCGGCCCGGCAGCGUGCUGUGCCUCAGGUACGAGGAGAUGCUGCGGGACCCGGCGGGCAACCUGCGGAGGAUCGCGGCGUUCAUGGGGUGCCCGUUCUCGGAGGCGGAGGAGGAGGCCGGCGUGGUGCGCGCCAUCCUCGAGCUGUGCGGCAUGGAGAAGCAGCGGAGCCUGGCGGUGAACAGGAGCGGGGCCUACGUGGUCAGGGGCCUGCUGACCAUCGGCAACCAGCAUUUCUUCAGGAAAGGGGUGGCGGGGGACUGGAGGAACCACAUGACGCCGGAUAUGGCGGCGAGGCUGGACGGCGUCGUCGAGGAGGCGCUCGAGGGGUCAGGAUUUUCCUUUGGCGACACAAGCAGCUAAGGCACGUGUGGCUCUGAAUAAUCAUGCCGUGCAUUUCGGUUUGGCCAUCAGCAUGGUGUGUUAAAGCAAAUCUAUGGCCUACGAGUUGUUUGUUCAGCAGAUGCUGUUGUGUGGCAUCUGUGCUGUUUCUGUUUUUUUCCUUUGUUUUGUGUCUUUGUGAUUUUACUUCUUCUAAUAAAAUUCUCGGCAAAUCUCUUGCCGUAGAGAAGUAAAUCUAUGGUCAAUAUCAACCGUUUGCUUA